GGCCAUGUGACUUCUUUUAAUCUGAAGUUGUUGAUACAGUUCCUGUUCCCCAAAUCAAAAAUGACGGUAUCCAGUACAUUCACUUUGAGCUGAGAGAGUUGGCAGCAGAAGUAUGGCCUCUGGUGGUUGGUCACAUGUCCUCACAGAGUUGUCCCCCCUUGGUGCCCUUGAAGCUCCUCUGCAACGUUCAGCAAGACUGCGGUAUACAUGUGUAUCAGUGUCCAAGAAGUACAUUGCUCUGGGCAGCAACACUGGCGGCGUUUACAUCUUCGCACGAGACACACUCAAACAUCUACAGGUGGUCUAUGGCGAUGUGGAGUCCAGCCCCCUGUCACUCACAGCCCUCAGCCCCAAUGACAACUUUGUGGCCUAUGCAAGCGGGUCGGGGCAGGUGGUUGUCAUGGAGAUGAACAUAGAGAAGCGACAGAAGCCGGAACGAGUUCGGCUAACGUCAGACCAUGUUGGGUGUACCGUCACCUGCCUUCAGUGGGGAGGACACAACUCCAAGUUAUUUGUGGGCGACAAUGUCGGCAAGAUCACUGUGUGCUACAUACCUUCAUCAAAGGCCAAGACCCUGUUCCUCCAGCCAUCUGAAAUCAUCCUGCGUCUGGACACUACGGUGGUGCAACUGGACUGGUGGGGGGACAAGCUGUUGGCGUCCACACUGACCAGGAGCUACCUCCUCAACACCAACAGACAACAGUAUACUCAGAUAGGAAAAAAGCUGAGAGAUGGAGAGUAUGGGUCGUGUUUCUUCCUGGAGCCCAGUUCACAGUACCCUGUCAUCUACUGCUCCCGGCCUGGUUCUCGCGUCUGGGAGGUGGACUUUGACGCCAACGUGCUCAACACCCAUCAGUUCAAACAGCUGCUGGCAAUACCUCCGCUACCUGUCAUCAAGUUCCACGACCCUGUGGUGGAGUUUGCCGACCCCAGCAAAGUCUACACCGCUCAAUCCGUCGGCUUCAACAAACUCUGCCGGCUUGGUCCAUAUCUAAUAACAUGGUCCGGUCGCCGGGUGUAUGUGUUUGACCCAGUACGUGUCAGAAUCAUACUGUGGAAUGAACAGCCUGCCGGUGUGCGGGACAUGGUGACGAGCGGUACAGAGAUCUACAUCUUCCUGGAGGACCAGUCUCUGUGCCGCCUGCACCUCCUCCCAGUGGAGCGAUGUCUGCAGCUGCUGCUGGCCAAACAGGUGUGGUCGGUUGCUGGGGAACUGCUGUGUUACCUUGACAACUUUGUUGCUGUGCCCUUCAUCCAGAGACAUAUCAAACUGGGCUCCCUGUCAGAGCUGGUCAGCAAGCUGCUGAAUGACGGCCACGACCACACUGCUGACAGAGUUCAAGCUAUUGUAGAUGAGAUGUCCAACUUGAGUGACUCCACAGAAUCGGACAGCACGAAUGGGGACGUCGUUGAUGGUCAGUCAACCUUUCUAGACUCCGCUGUCAAACUUCCUUCUGGGAUAUUCCUCGUCAACAAUGCCCACAAACCAUCCCUUGAAGAGGAGCUUUACAACCCAGCAGACAGUGUGCUGGCAAGGUUCACUGUCCGUGGAGGAGAAAACAAGAUGGCCGCCCAGCAGGAUCAAAUGCUCCUGCGGUACAUGAGCAUGGACAAUCUGGACUCCGGCUCCAAGUGUGGCUCCCAGUAUCUAGAUGCAGAGGGAGAAAGUGGAAUGAAGAGGUCCUAUUCAACCACAGACUUGGACACAAUGAGAGAUGAGAGACACCGUGUUGUGGGUAUGGAGAAGGAAGGGACUCAAUCAAGUAAUGUUAGCCUUCAUAGGGACGAACCUGAAAGUCAGAAUGGUGAAUCACAACGUGAUAACUUUGUUGAUGUGGAUUUAGACACUGAGGAAAUCAGGGAACAGAAUUCUGGAAAGGUGUUAAAGGGGAAUAACUCUCAUGACAGAUUAAAGGGCAAUAACUCUUCCAAGGAGGAAAUGACAGAUGAUGAGAAUCGGAAUCAAGUGCCUUCUAAGCCUCAUCAGAGCUUAUCACCAGCAUUGGAGGAUGUUGCGCCGGUGAUAGCGGAGGCGGUGUCGCGGAGAUCGGGGAAGACAGGCAGGAAGAAGCGAGUCACACAGGUGGAUAUUCCAUCACCUGGGAUCUCGACUUCUGACGUGAAGAAAACCAAAACCCAGCUCCAGAGAUCAGCCAGCACAGGAUCCAUCAAGAAACUGAACAAGAAAAAGGAAUUGAAAUCUGUUUCAUCUAUCACCAUCAUUGAGGAAGACCCUGACAGAAGCCUGUAUAUGAAAGUUGAUCAAGAAUAUGACACUGUCUCCAUCGAUACUGUCAGCAGCAUUGAUGAGGACUCACACAGUCGUGCAGGGGACAUAACUCCAGACACACUUUCUAUUGGUGAAGGUGACAACCUAUCAUUGUAUUCAACUCACAGUCGAUCAAGGACACCAAUAUUUCAUAUAGAUGAAGAACCGAUUCCAUCUCUCCUGCAGCGACUGUCUGCAAGUGGUGUGUCAGCAGAAGAUUCCGCCACCAACAGCAAAGAUGGCUCCCCUGUAUCCCAGAGUUCCCUGGGGCAGUCAGUCGACAGCAAUGGAAGCGGAUCACCGAGUUCACAGUCACCAAAGAUGGCCCUACUAGCAGUCAAGGAAAGUCUUUCCCUAAAGUUCUCCAGCAAGACCAAGUCCAUCAUGCAGACAAUCCGGAAGAAGAGCCCGCUGAGCAAGUCCAACAACAUGCAAGAUCAGGCUGACCCAGAACAACAGGAGACAACUGGCCAAAGAGAGAAACAAGAUCCUGAGUCUGAUGUCACAAACAGAACAGAAUCAGAAAGUUCGUCUUCCAUGAAUCCUCUGAGUAGGUUCUCAGGAUCAGUUGAUCUCACCGAGCUGGAGUCUUCCACAGCAUCAACCAAGAGGAAGCUCCAGGACAUCACUGUGCUGAUGAAUCCCGAGUCUGUCAGGUCGCUCCUGCGGGACUGGAUGACAGGACUUCACAGGGUGCUGCAGAAGCUUCACCAGGAGGUUGAACAGCAGAGGAAGGUCAAGGUCAUGGCCAGGAAAUCAAGGAGGAGGCAACUCUGCAGUGAAAAGAAAGCCAUCCUGAUGAAAGACAGAAGUAAGGAUGAACCAGAAUACACAGAAGAUGAAGUCUUCAGUCAAGAACAACAUGGCAGUGGUGCUAAACCUGUAGAGACCCAAUCAUCACAUGAAGGUUCUGUAGGGCAGAGAGGUUCAUCCACUGAGCUGGAUGUGAUGGGUGAUGGAGACAGCUCUUUUAACCAUGAUGACAGAGAUGGUUGUCCAUCAUCGCCAAUAGACAAAUCCAGUUGUAGAAAUUCCAGUAUAGAGGAGGCACAGUCUGCACCCCUUGAACAUGGUAAUAAUUUAGGCUACUCUGAUAUGAGUGGCAGUGAAGAAGAGGAUCCCGACCGGUUAGAACCCAUCCACUGGGCAGACAUCAAUCAUAUCAACGAUCCCUUUAAAAUGUCAACAAAACUACAUACAGAUGUUUCAGAGUUGUGUGCCCUUUGUUUUGAGUCUGGUUGUCAUGGCAAUAUAUCAGAAUACAUGUUGACAAAUUUGGCAAAUAGGCAUCCGAGUGCCAACUCCAGUUCUGGAGUUACUCUUACCGAGGGCAGUGAGUCAGGCAAUCAGUCCAUCAGUCCAUCCAUCGGUCCAUUCAGUCCAUCCAUCGGUCCAUCCAUCAGUCCAUCCAUGCCAACACAAUCAGCAGCAGAUACUCAGGGACACUCUGGCAGCCCCGGCCACAAUGAUGGCUUUAUGUGUGAAGUGUACUGUGAUGCAUGUGACCGUGAGGUCGCCACUGUUGUGAGAUGUUACUACCACUGUUUAAGUAUGGAUCAGCUCCGGAAGACUGUAAGUAGCUGGAGGAACAACUGGCAGCAGACAUGGACUUCCAUUGUGAAGGCGAGCCAAGAACUUGGAGAAGGUGACCCCGUUUGUGAUAAGAUCCUGGCAAAAGACUACAACGGUGCUACCGACCUCCUCCGAUCUCUCAUCCUGCCAAACAAACACGCCUUCCUCGGCCAUGUUGCCAGAUUGUUCGGUGCUAGCUCGUCUCGUGCUAUAGAGUUCGCAGCAGAGGUCCCAAAACAGGUCUCAGUGCAAGACAUCUUGAACCUCUGUCAUCUCUAUGGCAACCAAACUACCAUCAGUAUUACCAAAUAUGUCCACCUGAGACUUGGAGAGAUGCCAUCAUAUCUCAGGUUGCAGGUUGUGAAACAGUUGUGUGCCCGGCAGUAUCUGAGGCUGGCACUACUGGACAGUUUGCUGACCGGACAGCCCGCCGCUAACGUGGACAGUCUUCAGCCAAGACCAGGAAGUCACAUGAUCAAGAAAGCUGAUGGAGACCUCAUUGACUGUGUCCUUGACCUUUGUGCAGAACAAGACUUUGAUGCGACUCUCAGUGUGUGCGAAAAACAGAGCUACUGGGCAGGUUGUCUGCAGUUGUGGAAGAAGAAAAGUAUGUCGUCAUGGCAACAGAUGUUACAACUGAUUGUGAAACUGGGUGACAUCACUCUCCUUGAUGAUUCACACUCCUAUGGUUAUCUCCCGAAGACAGCAGAAGAGUGGCACUACUUUCUGCACCAGUACACAGACUCGCUGUCCUCUAGGCCAGCUUCUGAUUGGUCCAACAGUCUGACAUGGGAGGGAAUCGGUGAGCUGAUGGUGAAGACCAUUGGUCCCAGUGCUGCUGUCAUGGUGUUGCAGGAAUGUCAUCUCCCAGAGCGGGCGUUGUCACCUCAGUUCUACCAGAUGUGUAUACUGGAGUCUCUCGUGCACCGCCAACAGAGACUGGUUGUUCACAAUAUGUUGGAAAAGGUGGACACAUACCUUUGGGCAAAAAAACAACCACAUCUCGCUCCACAGCUAUUGUAUGCGGUGCGGGCAGAGAAGCGAAGUCGCUCGGGGCCGGAGGAGGACCGACAGGAGUACCAGCAGCUGUUUUCACAGUUGUCGGUGAAGCAGCACAGCGAGGGACGCACCGUGGAGGAUGCAGAAGCUCACUGGGGCAUCGCCGCGGACAUCACCGGAGGAUGCCGAAACUGUUGCGUUAGUCUCACUGAGACUGUGUCGCACACUGUACCUGGAGUCAUCAUCUUUACCUGUGGUCACAGCUUCCACAAGUUCUGUGUUCCUCUGAAACUCUGCCCCCUGUGUCAUGAUGACCUCAAGCUAGAUGAGCACCUCCACAGGCCCAGUAACACCACAGCCGACUGACCUCAAACCAGACCAGCACCUCAACAGGCCCAGUGACACCACAGCCGACUGACCUCAAACAUGACCAACACCUCCAUGGGACCAGCUACACCACAGCCAACUGAUCGCAAACAAGACCAGCACCUCCAUGGGCCCAACAACACCACAGCCACCUGAACUCACACAAGACCAGCACCUCCAUGGGCCCAGCUACACCACAGCCGACUAAACUCACACAAGACCAGCACCUCCACAGGCCCAGUGACACCACAGCCGACUGAACUCACACAAGACCAGCACCUCCAUGGGCCCAACAACACCACAGCAGACUGAACUCACACAAGACCAGCACCUCCAUGGGCCCAACAACACCACAGCCAACUGAACACACACAAGACCAGCACCUCCAUGGGCCCAACAACACCACAGCAGACUGAACUCACACAAGACCAGCACCUCCAUGGGCCCAGCUACACCACAGCCGACUGAACUCACACAAGACCAGCACCUCCAUGGGCCCAGGUACACCACAGCCAACUGACCUCAAACAUGACCAAAGCCUCCAUGGGCCCAGCUACACCACAGCCGACUGAACUCACACACGACCAGAUCCUCCAUGGGCCCAGCUACACCACAGCCGACUGAACUCACACAAGACCAGCACCUCCAUGGGCCCAGCUACACCACAGCCGACUGAACUCACACAAGACCAGCACCUCCAUGGGCCCAGCUACACCACAGCCAACUGAACUCACACAAGACCAGCACCUCCAUGGGCCCAGCUACACCACAGCCAACUGAACUCACACAAGACCACAGUCGACUGACCCCAAACAAGACCAGCACCUCCAAAAUCUACAUCACCUGCACAUAGCUUCAAGGUGGGGAGCUAGAGGUCAUAAAUUUCAUAGAACAUGGAGAAUGCAUUUGGCAUCUGCAGCCGAUGUUGAAACAACCUACCAGUACCCAGCCAUUCAAUGCAAUCUCACUUCCAGGUUAACUGCUUGUCUGUUUAACGAGGAAAUGAAUAUGACCAACAGCAUGAGAAUGUUGCCUUGUUUUGUUAUCAUCUUUUGUACAAGAAUUGAGGUUAGUCAUGAAAUAUUCAGAUUGCCUGAUGGUAUGAUUCAUAUGCAUGACAAAUAUGUUACAAGUUGAUCCAGGGUUGGAAUCGAAAUAUAACCUACUGAGUGAAAUGUGACAGAACACAACAGUUUCAUAAUGUCAAAUAAUUGUAUUCAAACUGUAAUCGAUGGCAAUUACAAUAUCGCUUUAUAUAUUGAUACGGACAAUUUGCCAGUACACAAAAUAAGAAAAGGAGCAAUGCUGAAACAGUCGUGACUGAAUGAUAAUAUUGUAUUGUCCAGUCGGUGAAAGUCUGUCCUGAAAACAGUACAAUCUGACAAAGAGCACAGUCAAGUAUGUCUUUUAUGUAAAAUGAAAAUUCCUUUUGAUUAGCAAAAGCCCCUCCGUUUUAUACACACAUACUUUCUCACUGGCCUUCCUCCACUCUCCCAAGUAACGUUUAGAAUAUCCAUGUGAUCAAACUGCAAGAAAAAUUAUGUUUAAUAGCAUAAUUGAAAUAUGUAAAAAUAAACUAGUCCAUAGUAUGUCAAUAUUGUUAAAUUGGAGCUCCCAUCUCAGCUGCAAUGAAGUUGUACAGUUGUUUCACUUAUUUCUUUCGUAAAUGUAAUGCCCUGUUUUCUACUCUUCUCUCUGUUUGUGUAUACUCUGUCUUGUGUACAUAUGUCAAUGUGGUUAUUUUUAUAUAACGCUAGUCAUGUAAAUAUUUUGGGAGAGUGUUACCUGAGUUGUGAAAACUUGUGCCCAAUCCUUCUCCUUGUGAAUAUGAUAUGUUUAAAUGAGCAAAACAUGAACAAAUGGUCAUAUGAUACUCGCCUAACAACUUUUAUGUGUCUGUGACUUUCGUAAGACCUGUUAAAAAUUGUCAAUAAUUUAAACUGUUUAAAGUAGUAUUGCAGAAAGUGGUCUACUUUCAACACUGCUUCCAAACUAAUAAUUCAAGAUGAGGAAAUCCAUAAUCAAACAUAUAACAACAAAUGGCAUCAUGUUAUUCACUGCUUUCAUCACCAUUCUAGAUUUACUGUAAACCGCAAUGCAUUGUCCAACCUUGGAGUACCAGUAUCUCCACAUCAACAGCCAAAUAUGUAAUAUCUGUAUCCUCGACUACUCAACUUUUGUUAUUGAUGGUCUUAUUGUUACCAGUGAAUAUGUGUAUGGAAUAUCUAUAUCUUCGACUAUUCAACAUUUGUAACUGUUGAUCCUGAAACCUAUGAUUGUGGGUUCGAAUCCAGGUUCACCCCGAUUAUGUUUCUAGGUUUGUCAGCACCAUACCCGUGCUCGUGGGUUUCACCGAAGUGGUAAACGUCUGAGACCUGAAUUACUUCGGGCUUUCCUCCCACAUUAAGCUGACACGCUGUGAUAUAGCUGGAAUACUGUUAAAAGCAGCGUUAAACCCAACUCACUCUCUCACUCACUGUAAUACACACAACCAAAUGGUAAGUUCCCACAAAGCUAAUGCUCAAUGUUGUCGUGACCUCCAUUCUGUACAAUAACUCAUUAUCCUGUUGUAGAGUGUAUUUGAUACCUACGUGAACCGGUGCCUGCUAUAUUCAGAAUCUGUGUAAGACUAGGUGUAAAUAUCUGUAAAUAGAAUUCCUAUUGUGUGAUUUCAGAGACCAAGUAUUAUAUAAUAUGAUUUCCAGAGUGCUUUCAUUAAACAGUGCAGAUGAGUGGGCAUGGAUUCUCUCCCUUUGCAUCUUCCCACUGACUAUGUAUGAGGGAAAGCUGCUGAUGACAUAGCAAUCAGGGUUUUGUACACUGUCUUCCCUACGGUCUGUAGUCGGUAUAGAAAGUCUAUCUUCAUUGUUAUGUCAAAUGUAAGUUACGAUACUGUGUAAGGGAGAGAACUCUAACAUGGCUGGUGCUGUUCAGGUAUACUUGCUCUGCAGUAUUUAUUUGUCCGUGUCCAAUAUUUUAAUAAGUUGUGUGAACGCCAUGCUUUAAUAUAAUAUAUAUGCUAAUAUUUACCCUCCAAGAGUAUGUGUCUCUUUCAGAACUAUGUUAAUAUUCUGAUGUACUUUGUAACCUUCCCAAAGAAAAUAGCAUACGAUAUAUUGCUGUUCAGGUAUACUUGCUCUGCAGUAUUUAUUUGUGCAGUGUUGUACAGAUGUCCAUAUAUCUAUACAGGGGUUUCAUGCAUGACUGUUUGAUGCUGUGCCUUUUAGGCCUGGGACGAGUCCAAAUUUACUACCCGGGUACCCGACCCCCCUAUUACCUGACCCUACUUGGGUACUUGCUGUAGGUCUUAAGUUGGGUACAAAAAGAGUCAGGAGGACUGUGCACAGUCAGAAAGAAAUGCGAAUAUUAUCAACUUGUACUUGUGUAACCAUCAGAUUUUAUUGUUGUUGUCAUUUAACUAUAUAUCAAAUGACUAACCACGGGUCCGGGUAGUCCUGUGGGUACCUGGGUCCUACUCAGGACCCACCCAACCCGAGUACCCGAGAACCUGAUUUACCUGUCCCAGCCCCAGUGCCUUUAUUUUUUUACAAAUAUGCUUGUUCAUCACAAAGUAAAUGGCUGGGUUUAUGGAGUUUUGAUGCAUCAGAAAUUCACAACCAAACACAUGUUUCGUCCUUAUGAUCAAAGUAGCUUAUACCUUAUUAGCACAAAGAGGUCAUCUGAUCUCUCAAAAUUGUUUAAGAAUUAUUGCCCAAGCCGAUUGUACUGGGAUGUCUGUUUUGAUGUAAAUCCAUUAUAUCUCAUAUCUGUAUGUAAACUGUUUGUAUAUAGUCUGUUGUCACAGGAUUUUACAAGAUGAACUUUUGGUCUCAGGGUGCACAAGAAUCUUCACCUUGUAAGUUAUGUAAUCCUGCUGAAUCAUGAUUGAUUUGUUGAUUUAUAUUUGGUGUAAUACUCUCGUGUGACAUAAUAUUUCUAUGAUACUCAGUGACUUUAUGCAAAAACCUCAGUGUUCUGUCACAUAUGUGACAUGAUGUGGAGAGCUCCGUACUUAGGUCACAUGUGACAUGAUGUGAAGAGCUCCGUAUUCAGGUCACAUGUGACAUGAUGUGAAGAGCUCCGUACUCUGGUCACAUGUGACAUGAUGUGGAGAGCUCCGUACUCAGGUCACAUGUGACAUGAUGUGGAGAGCUCCGUACUUAGGUCACAUGUGACAUGAUGUGAAGAGCUCCGUACUCAGGUCACAUGUGACAUGAUGUGAAGAGCUCCAUACUCAGGUCACAUGUGACAUGAUGUGGAGAGCUCCAUACUCAGGUCACAUGUGACAUGAUGUGAAGAGAUCCGUACUCAGGUCACAUGUGACAUGAUGUGAAGAGCUCCGUACUCAGGUCAUAUGUGGCGUGAUGUGUAGAGCUCCGUACUCAGAUCACUUGUGACAUGAUGUGUAGAGCUCCGUACUCAGGUCACUUGUGACAUGAUGAGAAGAGCUCCGUACUCAGGUUACAUGAUGUGGAGAGCUCCGUACUCAGGUCACAUGUGACAUGAUGUGAAGAGCUCCAUACUCAGGUCACAUGUGACAUGAUGUGGAGAGCUCCGUACUCAGGUCACAUGUGACAUGAUGAGGAGAGCUCCAUACUCAGGUCACAUGUGACAUGAUGUGGAGAGCUCCGUACUCAGGUCACAUGUGACAUGAUGUGAAGAGCUCCGUACUCAGGUCACAUGUGACAUGAUGUGAAGAGCUCCAUACUCAGGUCACAUGUGACAUGAUGUGGAGAGCUCCGUACUCAGGUCACAUGUGACAUGAUGUGAAGAGCUCCGUACUCAGGUCACAUGUGACAUGAUGUGAAGAGCUCCGUACUCAGGUCACAUGUGACAUGAUGUGAAGAGAUCCGUACUCAGGUCACAUGUGACAUGAUGUGAAGAGCUCCGUACUCAGGUCAUAUGUGGCGUGAUGUGUAGAGCUCCGUACUCAGAUCACUUGUGACAUGAUGUGUAGAGCUCCGUACUCAGGUCACUUGUGACAUGAUGAGAAGAGCUCCGUACUCAGGUUACAUGAUGUGGAGAGCUUCGUACUCAGGUCACAUGUGACAUGAUGUGGAGAGCUCUGUACUCAGGUCACAUGUGACAUGAUGUGGAGAGCUCCGUACUCAGGUCACAUGUGACAUGAUGUGAAGAGCUCCGUAUUCAGGUCACAUGUGACAUGAUGUGAAGAGCUCCGUACUCUGGUCACAUGUGACAUGAUGUGGAGAGCUCCGUACUCAUGUCACAGGUGUCAUGAUGUGAAGAGCUCUGAACUCAGGUCACAUGUGACAUGAUGAGAAGUGCUCCGUACUCAGGUCACCUGACAUGAUGUGAAGAGCUCCGUACUCAGGUCACAUGUGACAUGUGGAGAGCUCUGUACUCAGGUCACGUGAUAUGAUGUGAAGAGCUCCGUUCUCAGUGACAUCACAUCAGUCAGUGUCUCUUUCAGAACUAUGUUAAUAUUCUGAUGUACUUUGUAACCUUUCCAAAGAAAAUAGCAUAAGAUAUAUUGUAUUCAUUUUCAGCCUGUGUCCACACAUAUACAGCAGUCUGUACUUGAGGGUUGUGAAUAAACUAUGCAUGCCUUG